AUGGUGCCGGAUAACCCCGCACCCGAGGCGCCACCCCUGGCGGACGAGCAUCCAGAUCGUAGCGAUGCGAACCAGAAGUCUCCGGAAGCCCAAAGAGAACCACCCGAAGCAGACAGAACACCUGUACUCGAAGACACUGCAAAGGAUGGGGGAAGUGCACACAGUGAGGCUGCCUCGACCGAAAGCGUGCGAGGCGAGAGCAUAUCUACCCAGCAACAGACAACGGAAAGACCUCGAGGAAGAAAAGCAAAGCAACCUAUGGCAGUUCCCAUUGCGAGUGAAACAUCAAACGGCCAGCCUCUGGACGAGGAUAACGCGCCGGAGGAAGGCGAUACUGAUUCCCAUGAAAGUAGCCGCCAGCUGCGUCAAAAGUCAUCGGAACUGAAUCAUGAACCAAAGCAAGUCGGACCCGGCGAGAAAAAGGGGCGGAGAAAGAGGUCGGAGCCCGAGCAGCAACCUGAACCUGGACUAGAGAAAGAAUCUGAAGCUCCAAAGGAGCCGGAACCAAUUGGCAAGAAGAAAAGACGAAGACGCAGGUCAGAGCAGGAGCCAGAACCGCAGCUGGAGUCUGAGCCUGACGCCCAGCGUGAGCCUGAAGCUCCAAAGGAAUCCAAUCCAAUUGCCAAGAGGCGGACACGGAGAAAAAGACCCGACCAAGAACGAGAACCCGAACCCGAAGUUUCAAAGGUACCAGAACCACUCGAGAAGAGGAAACGGAGGAAAAGGUCAUCACUGGAGCCAGAACCAGAGCCAGAACCGGAGGCUGAGCUCGAACCUGGGGUUUCAAAGGAGCAAAACCAUGCUGCCGGGAAGAGGAAACAGGGCAAGAGGUCAGCACAGAAGCAGGAGAGUGAAUCAGAGGCUGAACCAGAACCUGGACCUGAGACUUCAAAGGAACCAGAGCCACCUCUCGAGAAGAGGAAACGGAGGAAGAGGUCAGCGCAGGAGCAGGAGCCAGAGACAGCUAAGCCAGAGCCUGAACCCGAGCGGCCACCUGAUGCUCCAAGAGAGCCAAAGCCAACUUCAGUCUCCAAACGUGAAACCCAGCCAGAGGAAGAUCCUACGGUUCGGAAUGAACAUGGGGAGGAGGCUCCUCGCAGCGCAAGAAGGAAGGCCAGACAACCUCGUGGGGAAACAGUCCCCGUGACCGUGCAUCGCCUCGCCAAUGCCGCUUCUCUUGGAGGCUAUUCCCAACCCUCCGAGCUAUCAGACGAGGAAGAAGAGUCCGCCGAUGAGCUCUCCACGAGACGGAAGACCAAACUCCCUAGUAGGGGAGGCGUGAAUGUCGCCGAUAAGACGCUUACAACUCUCAAGAACGGAAUUUCUAACGAGAACAAUGCAGCACGGCGCUCGGAAUGGACUACCAAGAAGAAAGCACUAAGUGAAAUGCUCGACAGUAACUUCAUGUUGGGUGUAAGUCUGAAAAAGGCUAAGCGGGAAAUGCUGGAUAUGCGCAGCCGGCUGUAUCAACUACGAAAACAAAGAGAGGGGGUGGCAUUGCAGAUGGAUGCCGUUCGAAGGAAGCAUUCGGAGGAGGAAAAUGCAAGUCUGGUAAAACCGACCUGCAGGCGACUCGGACGAGGAAGGUUCGUCCGAUCCGUUGUUGACUGUCGGGCUCGAGUUCAUGCUCCGAAGCGUUGCGGAGAACGUGAGCUCCCGCGCCCCUGGGGCUCAGGGGGGGCUCUUGAGCCAAAUUAA